CCUAAGCAUCGAUCGGUGAGGCCUAGGUUUCCUAAUAGCCUUUUGCCUGGUCGGCCUUCGAGAUGACAUGCUAUUAAUAGGUCAGGCUACCAGUUGAUAACAGCACGUUUAUAAAUCCUCAUCGCAAACAUGUAGACGCCAGUCCAUCCUAAAGUUCGCUACCCACAACUUCAGAUGACAAGACGAUCCGGGUGUGGGAUAUGAAGACUGGCCAGGGAGUGGAUCCCAUUUUCCAAGGGCACACCGGAGGUGUUUAUUCCAUCGCAAUCUCACCUGAUAGCAGGCGCAUUGUGUCUGGCUCAGAAGACAAGACAAUCCGAGUGUGGGAUAUAGAAUUUCUCAAUCAACCCCACCCUUUCAAAGCGCCUGUGAUAUGCUUUUCACCUAACCCAUCCUAUGCUCUUCAUUCCCCUUCCUCCUUUCUCCAGGAUUCCUCAAACCCAGUCUCUGUUGCUGCGAACGAGGAUGGAUGGGUUGUACAUCCUGACGGGCGGCUUCUUCUCUGGAUCCCACUCAAUUUUCACCCGGUGAUGUAUGCCCCAGGAAACACACUGGUCAUACACGAUCGUGCAUCGCAGUUCGAUUUGAGUCGUCUUGCGCAUGGCACGUCUUGGCACAUGUGUCGGGAACAGGAGGCUACUUUGUUUUCGUUAUGAUACCCUCGUAUAUCGCACCACACUAUACAUGAUUCGUACCAUACGUGUUUGUCUUGGCCAGGGCUUAUCAAGUUCAUUUCGUCACGUACCAGU